CCGAAUUUUUGAGAGGUUUUCUCAACAAACAAUUUUAAAGGGGAAAAUCAAAAUUCAAGUGAUUUUUAGGGUUUCUUUGCAUUUUUCCCAGAAAGAUUCAUAAGCCCAUCGUGCACACCAGCAGUGCAUCGAACAGACAAAGCAUGGCUCGGCUGCGCAUGCUGCUGCUCGCCGCCCUCCUCGCGCUCACAGCCGGCAGCUGCCCCGGCUUCGAGUUCCAGGAGGCCACCCUCGACGCCAUCGACCAGGGCUUCAAGAACGGCAGCGUGACCUCGACGGCGCUCGUCCGGUUCUACCUGGGCCAGAUCCGCCGCCUCAACCCGCUGCUCUGCGCCGUUGUCGAGGUCAACCCGGACGCGCUCCAGCAGGCGGAGCAGGCGGACGCCGAGCGGCGGUCGUCGGGUGAUGGUCAGAUCGGCGCGCUGCACGGCGUGCCCGUCCUGCUCAAGGACAACAUCGCGACGCGCGACCGGCUCAACACGACGGCCGGGUCCCUGGCGCUGUUGGGUUCCGCGGUCAGGCGAGACGCCGGCGUGGUGGCCCGGUUGCGGCGCGCGGGCGCGGUUGUGCUUGGCAAGGCCAACAUGGACGAGUGGGCCAACUUCCGCAGCGCCAUCGGCACCGGCGGGUGGAGCGCGCGUGGCGGCCAGGGCAGGAAUCCCUACGUUCUAACCUCGCCGCCGUGCGGAUCUAGCACGGGUCCAGCAAUAGCAGCGGCGGCAAACAUGGCGGCGGUGACAUUGGGCACAGAAACGGAUGGAUCCAUACUCUGCCCGUCAUCGUUGAACUCGGUGGUCGGGAUCAAACCGACGGUUGGGUUGACAAGCCGGGCUGGGGUCAUUCCUAUCUCUCCUAGGCAGGACACAGUUGGACCAAUCUGCCGCACCGUGGCCGAUGCCGUCCUUGUGUUGGAUGCCAUUGUGGGCUAUGAUGAACUUGACGCCGCAGCCACGAGAGCGGCGUCCAUGUACAUCCCUGAAGGUGGAUACAAGCAGUUCUUGAAGAUUGAUGGGUUAAAAGACAAGAGAAUAGGCGUACUAAAUGGAUUAUUUGAUUUUGCGGAUGGAACGGUGCGGCAGAUGGUGUACAAGCAGCUUCUCAACACAAUAAGGAAACAUGGAGCGGUUGUGAUCGAGAACCUUGAGAUAGCAAAUAUGGCUGUCAUACAGAAUGCUACUAUAAGUGGUGAGCUGGUUGCACUGGCAGCAGAGUUCAAGAUAGCCCUGAACGCUUAUUUGUCGGAUUUGUCAUACUCGCCUGUUCGUUCCCUGGCUGAAAUAAUAGCAUUCAACAAUGCACAUCCAGACGAGGAGAUGCUAAAACAGUUCGGUCAGCUCAUCUUCUUGCUGUCUGAAAACACCACCGGCAUUGGUCCUGUAGAGAAGGCUGCAAUCCAACAGCUCGGAGAGCUAUCGGCGAAUGGCGUAGAGAAGCUGGUGAAGGAGCACCAGCUGGACGCAAUUGUGGCACCGGACUCGAGUGCCGCCACGGUCCUUGCCCUGGAUGGCCUCCCCGGCAUCGCCGUGCCUGCCGGCUACGACGAGCAGGGAGCACCCUUUGCAAUAAGCUUCGGUGGGCUCAAGGGCUACGAGCCAAGGCUGAUUGAGAUUGCUUAUGCGUUUGAGCAGGCUUCCAAAGUGCGAAAGCUUCCAAUGUUCAGGCAGUAGAACAUAUUUUAGUGGAAUAUCAUGGUCGAGUGACUGACUAAGCUCGAUCACAAUUUGCUGAGUGAUAGUCCUGUUAGAAGUAAUAGCGUUUUCAGAUUUAACUUAAUUUAAUUUUUGAUAUAAAAUGAAUAAGAACAUAUGCAAA